AUGGAAAAGCUGCUUCUAGUUUAUGCUUUUCUUGUGCUUGGCUCUGCAAUUACUUGUGGAGCAACUACGUACACGGUGGGAGAUACUUCUGGUUGGGAUAUAAGUACAAAUCUUGAUUCAUGGAUAAACGGCAAGAUAUUCAACGUGGGUGAUAUUCUUGUGUUCCAAUAUUCAUCAACUCAUAGUGUAAGUGAAGUGACAAGAGAAAGCUUCAACAGUUGCAACACAACCAACGUCUUGAACACAUUUUCAAAUGGAAACACGACCGUGCCAUUGACAAAGGCAGGCCAGAUGUACUUUGUAUGUGGCAACAAGUUACAUUGCCUGGGAGGAAUGAAGCUGCAAAUGAAGGUAGAAAGCAAUCAAGAUUAUGCACCGGUUGGUGCACCUCAGGCAACAACCGGCUCUGAUCUUCCCAACAAUCCUUCUUCCAGAAACAACAUUCCUAAUACUUCAUCUGCGUUUAGUCAUAUUGGUGGAGCUUAUGUUAUUGUGCCUUCUCUAAUUGGUCUUGUCGUUUUCAUGCUAUGGAAUAAUGUGAAGAAUAUUUGA